GACAGCGACAACAACAACACCACAACGCAUGGCCCACCCAUAACAACAACCAUACCGACCUACUUCAACACGCCCUGCCAAAAUGUCGUCCUUCCUCUUCUACCUCACCACCAUCAUCACCCUCUUCACACUGCUCAUCCACGCCCUCAAUUUCCUCUCCCGCAGUCUCAACCUCCCAAUCCUGUCGUUUUACGCCCGCAGCCUCGCUUCCUUCCUCGCCCUUAUCCUCUGCGCAACCUACGGUACUGUGGCCUCGGCCUUGCUAUCCCUCUUCGACGCCGGCGGCCUUGGCCAAUACUACACCGCACGAGCCUUCAAAUGGACCAUGCUCCUCUUUACCGGCGUCUGGUUCGAGAUUCAGGAUGCCGGUCCGCAGGAAGAAGGGGGAUGGUUGAACACCACUCGUCCGGCAGUGUUUGUCGGAAACCAUCAAACGGAAUUGGACGUGUGUAUGCUGGGACAUGUGUUCCCCCCGUGGUGUGUGGUGACUGCGAAGAAGAGUUUGAAGUAUACGCCAGUCUUGGGCUGGUUCAUGGCGCUGAGUCGGACGGUUUUUAUCGAACGGAAGUCCAGAACGCAGGCUUUUGCGGCUUUCGAUGAGGCUGCGAAACAGAUGGUGACGCAUAAACAGAGUGUGUUUAUCUUUCCCGAGGGAACGAGAUCGUACUAUAGUCAUCCGGACCUGUUGGCAUUCAAGAAGGGAGCAUUCCAUUUGGCGAUUCAGGCACAGGUUCCUGUUGUGCCGAUCGUGGUCGCGAACUAUUCGAAUGUGCUGGAUGUAAAGAGGAAGAGGUUUGUGCCCGGGAGGAUUCCCGUGAGGGUCUUGGAGCCUGUGAGUACGAAGGGCAUGAGCAAAGAGGAUGUUGAUGCAUUGAUGGAGAACGUCAGAGGAAAGAUGUUGGAGGCGCUGAAGGAGUUGCAUGAGCAGGUGGUCAAGGACGGGGUGGCUGUGAAGACGGAGACUGAUUCUACAGCCACGGGGACCGCGAGAGAAAAUGGCGUGAUGGAUGAUGUCAAGGAGAGAAAAGUCAUGAAUGCUGCUGCAUAGAUGUUGAAGUCUCAAAAUGCAUCCUUGAGACUGAUGUGAUGGAGAUGUCUGCACUCAGGACUCAUCGGUCCGGAAGUACUAUGGAUUGUGAGCUCUUGGAAGUGCUCCACCAGGCCAGACUUUUCUGUCAAAGUUGGCUCCAGGACUGGAAAUGACCCUGAGGAGAUCAGCUACCACUCUACUGCUUCUGCCUGGGUCACACUAGCAUCGCCAAUCUUGCCAUGGUGCCCCUCCUCACGUCCUCAAGGCGAUGAUGUGGCUCAUCCAUGUGGAAGUCAGUCAAUGUGGCGGAAGACGGAUUCUCCUUCCUCUACUAUAUUGGAAGGUCGAAUCUGCGCUGUGAGACAUCUCGCACAAAGAUAGGCUCCAUUGUAUAUGUCUGGCUCUUAGUCCUACGGACACUCCAUGCUACUCCUUCCGAAGGACAUGUGUGAUAGUUCCACGAGCUUGCGAGGAGAAAGAGCCUCAGGAGCCACCAAAGUGGUACCAGGUUGUUGUACAUAGGUAGGUAGGUGUGGGAUGCAAAGGUCCUCUGGCGUCUAUCUCUGUCGCAACGCCUCGAUGACCGAUUCUUCCUCUUCUCUCAGUGGGAAACUUCAUCAUUCCAGGACGGCAUGAAGUGGUCCCUCGGGAGAUUGGCAAAUAGGGCUCGAGGGAAAUGAAUUUGAAAAUGGGAGGAGGAAGGGGCUUCGGACAUCUGGACUACCUACCUACCUGACCUACCUUACCUAUCAUGGCCUCUCAUCUCAUCUUUUCAUUCCUACCUUACCUUAUCUUGCGUACCUUGCCUUGCCUUUUCAUUGCGAUGGACCAUAAUUCCACUUUUCCACAUCGACGACAUGGAGUUGCACAUUGGAAGGAGUUCAUUUCGACGAGAGAAAGAUGGUUACUGGAAAAGACAAGGCGAAGCCCUUGGACUCUUCAUGCAAAAGCUUUGCUUCGAGUACACUAUGACUGAAUGUGCAAUGCGAAACCCCGCCGUUGUUGUUGCAUCGGGAGAACAGUGGUCGGUUUGCGACUGCUUACACGAUGUUUGGCGACUAGGGAUCUUGGACAGCAGUGACGGUGAAGAGAUUUCUUUAUGGACAAUGAGAAUUCGGACAGUAUGGACUGUUCUACAUCCCGGCGGCAUCUAUCGCUACAUGUUGCCGCUGAACCCUUUCGGCGGUCGUUGUGUUGUUAUGGGAUGAAAGAGGUGGCACUCAGACAUCUUAAAUUUCCAACGCCUCGAAUCGAUCAAUGUACUGGCAUAUGCCGCAGUACCAACAGGAGAUGCUCGUGGUGCCUGGGUUCGUGUCUAUGAUAAAUGACCUCGCACAAAUCAUACACCUCAAGCGCUUUUCGGUAA